CUUGGAGACGGCACCGGUGGCAGAACUAAGAACCCAGCUCCCAGCCCCUGAGCCACCAGCUCUGCAUGGCGCUAACUCUCCUUCUGCCCGUGCUGGCCUGUCUCCAGAUCCUCCCCCGGCCGGCGGCCCCCGCAGAUGAAGCUUCCCUGAAGCCAUUGCUGACUGUGAGCCCAGAAUAUUCCACCUACCGUGUUGGCGAUUCUGUUACCUUCACAUGCUUAACACCCAAAGGGCACCAGGCCAUGCAGUUCCAGUUUCUAAGGGAUGAAGCUGAAGUGGACUCUCCAGAGACCCAAAGUCAGCUUCCCCAUACCUACAAUCUGCCUAGUCUAAAUGUGCAUGACUCCGGGUCCUACCGCUGUAAAUACUGGCCACCUGGGCAGAAGAUCCCAUCCAAACUGAGUGAUCCUAUCACUCUAAAUGUCUACGACCGACCACCACCCCCCUCACUCUCUCUGGACCCCCCCUGCCUCGAGUACCUGCUGGGGGAACAGGCAACACUCAGCUGCAUAGAUCCCAAAGUCGGAAAGGUGACAGGAUACAGAUUUUACAAUGAAAGAAGUGAGGAGAUGUCCACGUAUGGCCCUGGCCCAAGCGGGGGAGACAAACUGGUCUUCCUUGCACUUCACAUGGCUGAUGCUGGACCAUAUACAUGCAAAUACUGGACAGCACAGGAUGGGCAAGACAUACUGUCGGUGGGAAGCCAACCGGUCUCUGUUUCAGUGCUGGCAACAUUGCUGAUCUAUAUGCUGGCCAAUGUCUAG